AUGAUAGAUGUGAUAUCUCAGAUGAGAUCCAAUGUAUCACAACAAAUUCUUGUAGACUAUGUUUUAGAGAGAAACAACAGUAUAGAAGAAGUUAGGAGAUGUCUGAUUCACUGUAUAGCAACAAAACAACCAAUACGUGUAAUGGAGUUUAUAGAGAUAGUAAAACCAAGAGAAAGACGUUCCAUAGGUAGAAAGUACCAUGAUAGAGACAACCAUGUAGCUCUGAAGAGGUCACUGAUACAUGUUCUGGGGAACGCUGGCCAUCCUAGAUCUCUCCAGCAUAUCACAUCUUAUAUGGAGCUGAAUAAAGCAAACCCUGAGUUAAGGAGGGCAGCUACCCAGGCAUUGAGACAAUUUACCUGUAAUGAGAGUGCUGCACAUCUAUUAAGAUCUACAUUGUUUGACUCUGAAGAUGUUGUCAGACAUAGCGCCUAUGAGAUUUAUAUGGAACACCCUGAAAGUAAACAGCUGACCAAAGAGCAAGAAGAUGCUGUAUUGGCACAACACUAUACUUACCCAGUUGUUACAAGGGUAAGACGAGGAACUAUAGCAGACAUUCUGAAGGCAUUAAGUUUCCAUCUUGGCAUGCCAAAGUUUGACUGGAGUAAGACAGUUGGCAGUAAGAAGUUGGGAGCAUCCUUUGGAUUUAGACAGGAAAAUUUUGUAGACUUACAUCUAGAGCCAUUCAAAGGGAAGUUUGAACUGAAAGUAGAUAACCUGGCUUUUGCUGAAGUAAAUGUUGGUCUCAUUGGGAAGAAGUUUGACAUCUUUAGAGUGUCCCUUUGUUACAAGAAAAAAGUGGAAUACGAUCUUAAUGUGCUUAAGGACUUUGGUUUUGAUGAUAUUCAGAAUGUAGCCACACUAUUUGACAGACUUUACAACAUGAUUAUAGAUCCAGUCGUAGAAGCUGCAAAAACCAUAAAAGAACUUAUUGAGAUGGUGACAGAAAUGACAUUUGUUCAACUUGUCAAGGAAAUCAUACAAAUAUUCAAAAACCUCCCAGAUAUAAUUCACAAAAUAGUUGAGUCGGUAGUCACUGCAUAUCAAAAACUGAUUGAUUAUGAUGGAUAUCCUUUAAUAGACAGAUUCAAGAAAGUGGUUAACAGAGUCACGACCUUUAUCAACGAUAUCAAAUCUGAUGUGUUAGGAUUUUAUCAUAGUAUAGCAGAUGCAAUGACAGUAACUCUACCAUUUGUGGCCCAUGAGAUGGGAGAAGGAUUUAUUUUAAUCAAAGAUAGCUGGAAAUUCUGGGAAAAUCCUGUGCAAUCAUUUAAUGGCAUUGAAAUGGCACUUCUCAAAUUUAAAUUAGCAGUUGCAACCUUCAUUGAAGCCAAGAACAGAAUAAUGGAUACCUGUUUUUUUGCUAAAGGACAAACUCCAUACUGGUUCCAUCCUGUGGUAGAAAUUAAAGGUAUCUUGGAUGACCUGAAGGAUAUCUAUAACAUGACUAAAGAGGAAAUUCACAAUAUAUACCAUAAUCCAACAGCCAGUUCUAGUCUGUCACCAGAUAUGAUUACAGAUGGGUUUAACGUUAAUGGAUCCAAGAGGUUCAUUCAAGAGACUAUCAAAGGAGUUGUAGAAGAAGUCAACUCAACAUUAUCUGGUGUAAUCAACUUAGCUAAACCAUUCUGGGAAAAGAUCUCUCAUCUCAUGGACAUGUUCAAGAAAAUUAAACAUGCUUAUACAUUUCUACGGGAUGCAUAUCAAAAAGGAAAGUAUUACAUGCAGAAACUAUUUGGGUCAAAGUUUCAUCGUAAUUUCCCCAAAAUUCCUGCAUCCUGCGGGGCAAAGUGUGGAUGUGGAAAAUAUCCCAGAGAUAACAAAGGAAGAAAAGGUGUAGAUCUGGCAUUUAAACCAGCUUAUCAGAACGUAGUAAAUCCAUUCCAUGGUAUUGUCCAUAGAAUAAGUGACUCGGAAGUAUUAGUACGUCCAUCAAGAGCAGAUCUGGCUAUGUAUGAAGUAGUGGUCAGUGGCUUUGAACUGGACAUGGUUAUUGAUGAAGGUAAAAGAGGGACAUUCAUAAAGGCUGGCAAAAGGAUUGGAGUAUCUACAAAAUUGUCUGAAUGUGACACUAACUUUUUGUUUGUAUCAAUGAGGAAAAGACCAAACAAUACCGAAUCUAUAUCAGCUGAUAGUUAUUCUUAUAUUGAUCCAGCUCCUUAUCUGAAGAAGAGAUUCCCACGGCCUCGUCACAAGUCAACGUGUAAUGGUUUCUCCUAUUAUUACAUCGGUAUGAAUGCAGAGGAUGGAACAAUGACUAAAGAUCCUAAAGAUAAGAAGGAAAAGAUCAAACGUCCAACUAAGGGAAGUAAAUCAAAGACACCCUUUGGUAAACGUGGCAGCAGUGGUCAAGGAAGUAAAUCUAAGCCACCUGUUGGUCAACGUGGCAAAAAUCGUCAGGGAAGGUCUGUUGAAAACCAACAAGAGCAUCCAACAUGGAUGCAAACUUUCAAGGAGAAGUUUCACAAUAUAACUGGAAAGUUUGAUAAAUACAAGAAUAUAUUGUCUAAAGUAAAAGUGAAGUCAUUUCUGCCAAAAUUUCAUAUAGAUGACAAGCCCCUGACAGAAAUCAAGCACCUGUUAGCUGGCUCUCCAUUGAUACAACAGUUAGAUGACAUUGUUAAAGAAGUAGCACACAAUCUCAGAACAGAACCAUUAAUGUAUCCUGAUGGGAUGCCAUUACAACAGAUCAGACGUAAACUGAAGAAAGCUCAUACUACAAUAACAGGAGAUAGACUUACUAUGAUUGACAAGUUACUGGAAAUGGCUGUUGAUGAAUGUGAACCUUUUGAACAUGCCAUAAUAGCAGGUUACGGCCAUUACUGUGAAGCCCAUGAAGAUUGCCAUGGUAUUAUGUGUGGAAUGGUCUUCAGGGAUGGAUUUAAGAGGACUUUGGUCAAGGUGGAUGUAAGACUAGACAGCUGUUCUAAUCAGCUUCACAUCACAAUAAAGGAUCAAAUGAAAAACUUUUCACUAACUUCUCAGAAACAUAUCAUGGUUGUUGAUUUACCUAAGACAGAUAACACAGAGUUAGUAUUUGAUAUCAGUAUUGAGACAUCACAGGACAGAGUAAAUGUUACAUUAUCUGGAGCAGUGUGUUCAACAACUCAUUACUCAUGCUUUGAAGAUGUAGAACUCCUGAGAGAUUUAUCUAUUGAUACUAAUAAUACUGUGUGUUACAACAGUAAGUAA